AUGUACGCUGUCAACAACCAUGUUUCGAAUGCAUUGAAACGUUUGCUGAUCACAUCUACAGCACCGGCCGAAAGAGCCAGGGCACUCGUCUCGCUCUACACGCUAGAAGAAAAGAUCAAUGCUACCGGUAGUACAGCCCCAGGGGUUCCGCGCCUUGGUAUACCGCCUUAUGAAUGGUGGUCUGAGGGACUUCAUGGCAUCGCCGGGCCAUUCACAAAUUUCUCCGAGGAGGGCGAUUACAGCUACUCGACAUCUUUUCCGCAACCUAUUUUGAUGGGUGCAGCAUUUGACGACCAACUCAUUACCGAUGUGGCUACUGUUAUUGCGACGGAAGCCAGGGCUUUCAACAACGCAAACAGGACUGGCUUAGACUUCUGGACACCGAACAUCAACCCUUGGAACGGGAAUCUGCGUUACCAAUUCGAUGCGCAGAUAUCUCAGCAGGAUCUUGUUGAAUACUAUCUGCCACCAUUCCAGAGCUGCGCCCGUGACUCCAACGUCGGAGCCUUUAUGUGCUCUUACAACUCGGUCAAUGGAGUACCAACCUGCGCAGAUCCUUACCUCCUGCAGACCAUCCUGCGAGAGCACUGGGGAUGGACGAAUGAGGAACAGUGGGUGACAAGUGACUGCGAUGCUGUACAAAACAUAUAUCUGCCCCAUGAAUGGGCCUCCACUAGAGAGCAAGCUGCUGCUGACGCUCUCAUUGCUGGUACAGACGUAAACUGUGGUACUUACAUGCCCAAUCACCUACCGGCUGCGUUUGCUCAAGGUAUUGUCAACGAGACUGUACUCGACCAAGCUCUGACCCGUCAGUACUCAUCUUUGGUCCGGUUGGGCUACUUUGACCCGCCCGAGAACCAACCGUAUCGCCAGCUUGGCUUUGAGGCUGUUGCAACCAACGCCUCACAAAAGCUUGCUUACAAGGCCGCUGUUGAGGGCAUAGUGCUGCUCAAGAACGAUGGACUUUUACCGCUCUCACUCGAUUCUUCCACUUCGCUUGGCCUCUUCGGCGGCUGGGCAAAUGCGACGGAAGAUUUACUCGGAAACUAUGCCGGUGUAUCAACCUAUCUCCACAGUCCGCUAUGGGCUGCCCAGCAGCUCAACGUGACAGUCAACUAUGCAACAGGACCUGGUGGACAAGGCGAUCCAACCACUGGUGGGUGGCUUUCUGUAUGGCCAGCUGCGAGUGCUAGCGAUGUGAUCAUCUAUGUUGGUGGCAUUAACAAUGAUGUCGAAGAAGAAGGAAUGGACCGUGGUUCGAUCGCAUGGACGGGCGCGCAGCUUGACGUCAUCGGGCAACUUGCUCAGCAGGGCAAGCCGAUGGUAGUCGUGCAGAUGGGAGGAGGCCAGAUUGAUUCAUCGCCCAUCGUAAACAAUCCUAAUAUAUCGGCUUUGCUUUGGGGUGGAUACCCAGGGCAAGACGGAGGCGUUGCUAUCAUUGACAUCAUCACUGGCAAGGCUGCACCAGCAGGUCGUCUACCGACAACGCAAUAUCCAGCUUCCUUCAUCAACGAGGUUCCGAUGACCGACAUGUCACUAAGACCCGGUCGCAACAACCCUGGGCGCACGUACAAAUGGUACAAUGGCACCGCUGUGUUCGAGUUUGGGAGCGGAUUGCAUUAUACCAACUUCUCCGCCUCCAUGACGUCCAAUGUAUCGGCAGGGUUUGACAUUGCCGAAUUGAUGGCCACUUGUCACAGCUCGAACGUAACGUACCCAGACCUGUGUCCCUUUGGCGCACCAGUUCAGAUCGAAGUCACCAACAUGGGCAACACUACUUCAGACUACGUCACGCUGGGCUAUCUCGCUGGCACAUUCGGCCCUGCACCACAUCCAAAGAAAUCGCUUGUGGCCUAUCAGCGCUUGUUCGCACUCAGUGCUGGCUCUUCGGCUACUGCCAGUCUCAAUCUUACGCUCGGAUCCUUAGCGCGAGUAGAUGAUAAAGGCAACAAAAUCCUAUACCCUGGCGACUACAGUCUGCUCAUUGACAAUCAGCCUCUGACCUCCUUUAAUUUCACCUUGACCGGAGAUCAGGUGAUGUUGGAUGAGUGGCCGCAGCCACCCGCAAACCGGACCGGACAAGGUGUGAGCGGGUUUGAGGAUUACUUUGUGGGAGGUUACGGAAGCGAUCAGAAGCCUGUCUCUACAUGA